AUGAUGUCCACACUUCGACUAACGAGACGUUUUUCCACAUCACGAUCACUUCUAGUCACGGCUCAAGAAGUUUUUGAUAGAGAGGCAAAAUAUGGUUGUCAUAACUACAAACCUUUACCAGUAGCAUUGGCUAAAGGAGAAGGCGUAUUCGUUUGGGAUGUCGCUGGUAAAAGGUAUUACGAUUGCCUUGCUGGAUACUCAGCCGUCAAUCAAGGCCACUGCCACCCUCGGAUAGUAGCGGCUGCUGUAAAACAAAUGCAAGUACUCUCAUUGACUUCACGAGCGUUUUAUAACAAUGUGCUUGGCGAGUACGAAGAAUUCCUAGUCAAGAAAUUCAAAUACGACAAAGCUCUGCCUAUGAAUACUGGUGUGGAAGCAGCUGAAUCGGCCGUAAAACUCGCUCGACGUUGGGCUUAUGAUGUGAAAAAAGUCCCCACUAACAAAGCAAAGAUGAUAUUCGCUGAAGACAACUUCUGGGGCCGUUCAAUAGCUGCCGUUUCGGCAUCAAGCGACCCAGAAUCCUACGGUGGCUUCGGACCUUUUGUACCGUUAUUCGAGAGGGUACCCUACAAUAAUUUGCCAGCACUCGAAAAAGCUAUAUCUGAUCCAAACACGGCUGCCUUCAUGGUGGAACCAAUCCAAGGUGAAGCCGGUGUAGUCGUGCCAGAUAAGGGAUACUUGAAGGGCGUACAGGAUCUUUGUAAGAAGCAUAAUGUGUUGUUCAUCACAGACGAAAUUCAAUCGGGUCUAGGAAGGACUGGAGAGUGGUUGGCUCAUUACCACGACGGAGUACGGCCGGACAUUGUCGUUCUUGGAAAGGCUCUUUCUGGUGGUGUCUAUCCGGCAUCAGCAGUUCUUUGCGAUGACCAUAUCAUGCUAAAUAUAAAACCAGGCCAGCAUGGAUCGACGUAUGGUGGAAACCCGGUGGCUUGUCGGGCUGCUAUCGAAGCCCUCAAGGUGAUCGAAGACGAGGGUCUCGUCGAGAAUUCGGCAAAAAUGGGCGAAUUGCUCCAGUCCAAAUUACGAACGUUACCUAAGGAAAUCGUGUCGGUAGUCCGUGGACGAGGAUUGUUCAUUGCUGUCGUCAUCAACAAAAAAUUCGAUGCUUGGACGGUAUGCAAUCGGUUACUGGCUAAUGGAGUUUUGUGUAAGAAUACCCAUGGCGACAUCAUUCGAUUCACUCCACCACUGUGUAUCAACAAGGCUCAGAUCGAAGAAGUGUUCGAUAUCAUUUCGAAGACGAUUUUACAAAUGGCCUCCGAGCAGAAGUAA